UACACAGGGGGAAAGCGGAAGCUCGCGAUGGAAAUGUCUGUGUAGCGAUGAGACACUAGAGUUAUUGUUACAUAUGUGGCAUUAUAUUGUUUUUGUAAACCAAAGACUUCGGAUUUACCCGGUUAUAGAUGUCAUUUAAAAGCAACGUUUAACAGCGGACUCUUUCAAAAGUGGCUCACUCCGAGUUACAACUGACAACAAGGAGACGGCAACGUGACAGAAAUGUCAGCCAAAAUAAUGGCAAGCAAAAGCAAAGACAACUGUGAAGUUAUUAAAAACUACCAUAAACAGGCGUUUGAAUAUGUAUCGAAGGCAUUAAGGAUCGACGAAGAUGAUGCAGGAGAAAAGGAGGAGGCUGUGCGGUGGUACAAAAAGGGCAUUUCUGAGCUUGAAAGGGGUAUUACAGUAGAGAUCACGGGACAAGGAGAGCAGUAUGACAGAGCAAAGAGACUUCAAGAUAAAAUGGUCACUAAUCUCACCAUGGCAAAAGAUAGGCUCGCUCUUUUAGAGGCAACAAUGGCAUCUAGGAGGAGGAGUGAUACCCCGAAGACCUCAAAUCAUGUUUUUCCACAACCAAAGCCUGUGCCUAAAAGCCAGCCAGCAGUGCGAGGUGUCUCCUCUAACAUCAGACCCUCCUCUGCUGUCAGACCUCCAUCAAGACCUACUGAUCCAAAGGUGACCCCACGAAUGGGAAAAGCCCAAAAUGGAAAACUUGCAGUUGUGAAACAGCCUCCAAAGAGGGAUGUGAAAAACUUCAAGAAUGUGGACAGCAAACUGGCCAACUUGAUUCUGAAUGAAAUUGUUGACAGUGGAGCAUCUAUAUCCUUUGAGGACAUUGCCGGACAGGAUUUGGCCAAACAGGCACUCCAAGAGAUUGUCAUCCUCCCUGCCUUAAGACCAGAGCUCUUUACUGGCCUAAGAGCUCCGGCACGUGGUUUGCUUUUAUUUGGCCCACCUGGAAAUGGGAAAACCAUGCUGGCCAAAGCAGUUGCAGCGGAGUCAAAUGCCACAUUCUUCAACAUCAGUGCUGCCAGUUUGACCUCUAAAUAUGUGGGAGAGGGAGAGAAGCUUGUGCGAGCACUGUUUGCAGUCGCCAGAGAAUUGCAGCCCUCUGUCAUCUUUAUCGAUGAAGUUGACAGCUUGCUCUGUGAAAGGAGGGAGGGCGAACACGAUGCCUCUCGUCGAUUAAAAACCGAGUUCCUCAUUGAGUUUGAUGGGGUGCAGUCAGGAGGGGACGACAGGGUGCUCGUAAUGGGAGCGACCAACAGGCCCCAGGAACUCGAUGAAGCAGUGCUGAGGCGCUUUGCAAAAAGAGUUCAUGUGACACUGCCGGAUGUCGAGACAAGAAAAACGCUGCUGAAAAACCUUUUGGCAAAACACGGGAACCCACUGAGCCAAAGCGAGCUGACCCAUCUUGCAAAGGCGAGUGCAGGAUAUUCAGGAAGUGAUCUCACGUCAUUAGCCAAAGAUGCUGCACUCGGGCCAAUUAGAGAGUUGGGGCCGGAUCAAGUCAGAAGUAUGGCUGCUAGUGAGAUGCGUAACAUCAAGAUGAAAGACUUUGAGGACUCCCUGAAGCGCAUCAAGCCCAGUGUUAGCCCAGCAACUCUUAAGAUGUAUACCCAAUGGAACAAAGAUUUUGGUGACACAACAGCUUUUUGAACUUGAUAGUUCGGUCUCUCUUGUUAAAACAAACAAACAAAAAAAAAUCUUUAAAAUCUAAUAACAGUUCCCCUGUUUUACUCUACGGGUACAAGAUGUCAUUAACACAGAGUAACAGGAAGCAGCUCCUGGAUGGCAAAGCUAUAAUGUAAAAUAUAUGACAUUUGGAAACCACUUACACUCCCUAUUUUAUGGGAAAGCUUUGCUAGUAAGAUUUUUUUACGAGUUUCUUUAUUAUUAUACUCCCUAAAACACUGUCUUGCUACUUAAAAUUUCCUUAUUUAUUCUUAAGAAUGUCCUGACAAAUUCAAAGUGAUCUUUCUCUUGCCUCAAGAGGGCAGCAAGUUUCUGUAAAUCCUGACAAAACCUCUGAUUUUGAUCAUUUUACACUUCCACAUUAGUUACCUGCUGUACUGACUCGUUGAUGGUAUUGAUCACCAAGUGCUCUCUGUACUUGUGCACAUGAAAGAUAAUGAUUGGGAGAAGCGUCACCAAAUUGGGUGCUUUUGUAUUAUAAGAGGUUGUUGUUUUUUUCAUCUGCACUGAUAGUUUGUAGAUAAAAGUACUUUAAUUGUACCUGAUAGUAGGAGACCUAAUUAACUGUUGUGUUUACCAGCAAAUGUCAUGACAUUUUAAAAGUAUUAUAUUGAGCAGAGCUGUAAUGGCCUCCUACUUUCCUCAUGCAUCAAUAAAUAAAUCCAUUAAGGUUUCACCAGC